GCAGGUCGGCCCUUGUCCUUCCCGUUUCAUCUCUGCCCCCUGUGAUAAUGGGGGAGGAGGAGAAGAGCCGAGUCACACACCGCCAGUAAUCUGACAGCGCGCACCGCACCGCCAUCGUGUGCACAGUCCCCAGCCGCGUCCUUCUCCCUCUUCUCCAUUGUCUGGUGAUGGAAGAUCUGUCAGCAGAUAUUUGUGGCGUGCCUCCUCCUCCUGGCUGUGUGGGAGGGCAGACAUGGUCCUGAUCCUUCGCAUUUCUUGCUAGACAUCCACAUGCGGACCGUUAUCCUUCCUGCUCGGGGGUCUCUGUGCUUCGUGCUGCUGCUCGGUGGUCGGAUGUGUGUGCUCUCCGCUCUACCUGAGCUAUUAUUAUGGUGAAAUUCCCGGCACUCACUCCUUACUGGCCCCUCAUCCGCUUCUUGGUUCCUCUGGGCAUCACCAACAUAGCCAUCGACUUCGGGGAGCAGGCUUUAAAUCGGGGUAUAGCUGCCGUUAAAGAAGAUGCCAUUGAGAUGCUUGCCAGCUAUGGUCUGGCAUAUUCGUUAAUGAAGUUCUUCACUGGUCCUAUGAGUGACUUCAAAAAUGUUGGACUUGUUUUUGUGAAUAGUAAGAGGGACCGAACGAAGGCUGUACUAUGUAUGGUGGUAGCUGGCAUCGUGGCCGCCAUAUUUCACACCCUCAUAGCAUAUAGUGACCUGGGAUAUUAUAUCAUUAACAAGCUUCACCAUGUGGAUGAUUCAGUGGGAAAUAAAACACGGAAGGCCUUCCUGUACCUGGCAGCAUUCCCGUUUAUGGACGCCAUGGCCUGGACACAUGCUGGCAUUUUAUUGAAGCACAAGUACAGCUUUCUGGUUGGGUGUGCCUCCAUCUCUGAUGUCAUAGCACAGGUCGUGUUUGUUGCCAUUCUGCUACACAGUCACUUGGAAUGCAGGGAGCCACUUCUCAUCCCGAUCCUCUCCUUAUACAUAGGAGCACUCGUGCGCUGCACCACAUUGUGCUUGGGAUACUACAAGAACAUACAUGAUAAGAUUCCAGAGAGUAGUGGGCCAGAGCUGGGGGGAGAUGCCACAAUAAGAAAGAUGCUGACUUUUUGGUGGCCGUUAGCCCUAAUAUUAGCUACUCAGCGGAUCAGCAGGCCCAUUGUUAACCUAUUUGUUUCUCGUGAUCUUGGUGGUAGUGCUGCAGCAACGGAGGCAGUGGCAAUCCUGACUGCUACAUACCCAGUUGGACACAUGCCGUAUGGCUGGCUAACAGAGAUCCGGGCUGUCUAUCCUGCUUUUGACAAGAAUAACCCAAGCAAUAAAAUGGUUAACAAUGGUAAUUCGGUGACGAAAACCCAUAUCAAGAACUUCACUUUUGUCUGCAUGGCUCUUUCACUAACGCUGUGUUUUGUGAUGUUCUGGACUCCAAACGUAUCAGAGAAGAUACUUGUUGACAUAAUUGGAGUCGAUUUUGCAUUUGCGGAGCUUUGCGUGAUUCCUUUGAGGAUAUUUUCCUUCUUCCCUGUACCAGUUACUGUGCGGGCCCACUUAACUGGAUGGCUGAUGACACUCAAGAAGACAUUUGUGCUGGCACCAAGCUCUGUAUUAAGAAUAAUUGUCCUCAUCUCUAGUCUUAUUAUCUUGCCUUAUCUCGGGGUUCAUGGAGCCACAUUAGGAGUGGGAUCCCUUCUUGCUGGUUUUGUUGGAGAAUCCACAAUGGUGGCUAUUGCAUCCUGCUAUGUGUAUCGAAAACAGAAAAAGAAUGAGACCGAGACGGAAGGAGAAGACUCAGCAAUGACCGACAUGCCUCAGAGUGAGGAGUUAACAGACAUUGUGGAGAUGAAGGAAGAUGGAGAAUGAGCAGGGUCUUGGCUUCAGUAGUAAAGGCCACCGCUUCCUUGUCUCUGGUCUUGAAAAAGUUUUUUCUUCUUGGUAUGGAAAUCUGGUUUCAGAAGGCUCCAGCGUUUAGCAUACUGGGUAUGCUUCCUAUAAACAGGGGCUGUCCUAGGCUCACCGCUUUCAGAUACCAUGCAUUUAUCUUUCCAUGGACAAGCAAUCAGCAGCAUCCUACUGGAUAGACUUUGGACAUUGAGCUUCAUUGGACAAUUCCUAUUCGUCAACCAAAGCAUUAGUGUCUGUCUCUGCUGGUAAAGCUGCCGUCCCACUUCCUAUGUUCUGUUAACCCCUCUGAUCUUUACUUAUACAGGAAUACCGAAAUUCACUUCUCUCUUUAUUUUGGUUACAUUUUGCGAUCCACUUUUCAGCUCAAAAAGGGAAAUAUUUCUAGAAACUAGUUAUGAAAGCACACAACCCAGCGUGAGUCGCUGCACAAAACAGAGAGAGAGUGCUUUUAUACCACACAUCAGUCACUAAUGUGUCCACAAUAUCUUAGUACUGGAAUCUAAUGGGUACUGUCAGCUUUUAAGAAUGUUUGACUCAAAGAGCAUCUGUCGCCUCUCCUGACAUGUCUGUAUGAGCAAAUAAUUGGUUUCUCUAUAAAAUAACAAUUCUGGAACAUCUUUUCUUAGAACUGUGCGGUUCCUCCAUUAUUUCUCCUUGAAAUUCAUGAAUACUUUGACAACUGGGUGUUACCA